AUGGCUAAGGGUGCGCGCUCAAGUUCUAUCAAGGCAAACAAUUCCGCCUUGAAAGCCAAAGUCUUUGGUCCGGUCGAGAAUGCACGAGCAGAGAGAUUGAAUGCGAAACUUAUGGAAUUGAUUUCGCAACCAAAGCCAUCAGCGAAGACAGAAGAUGUGAGCAUGGAAGCAAAAGAGGGAAAGGGCGAAGAGGCAUCUGCAAAAGACACCUCGAAAGCCACCGCCGCAUCUCAAGAGAAGCCAUCCGAAGAAAUGGAGGUAGAUGCCAUCAGCAAGGUUGGCUCCAAGUCGAAGAAUCGCAUUUCGAAGAGAAAAGUUAGCAGUCGCAAAUCCCAAAUGACUUUCACUACAUACAAGAACGGAAAGAAAGUAGGAGGAGGUAGAAAGCAAAAGAUCUAUUGA